GGGCCCAACACUGCGUCCUGCGACUCACAAGGUUGUACCACACUUGGAACUAAGGAAGCAGUUUCUGGUGCCGAUUCGGGAAGAUACACAGUUGAGACUGCAAUGGAUGAAGACAAACUCUGUAUACUGAAAGACCCUGCUGGAAAGCCUGGUCUAGCAGAAAAAUCCGGAUCAUGCGCUCCAGAAGAGGAGAAGGUUGGUUGGCUUUUGUUGAAAAAGAACGAAAGAGAGAAGACAUUUCAGAAUAUCUGUCUCGCGUGCAAUACCUCGUUGUCAGCAGUCGGGUUACACACCUCAACGUACUACGAGACGCUCGUUUUGAAUUCCCCUAUGUUACAGAAGACGUGCAUAUCCAGUGCAGGAGAAGAAGAUCUGAACACUAACGGUCCUUGGUCACAAAGGACUAUCUCUCGCUUACUCAGAAACACCUUGAAUCCCCGUAUGAAGCGGCUGUUACCCGGUCACAGUCGAGAUGAUGACGGGGAAGAAGAGAGAAACUUUGUCGGAGCCUGCGACCUGGCGUCCGGACCGUCGGCGCCUAUUCGGCGUGUGUCAGUGCAGUGGCAACAUGUUGGUGGGGCACAAAGGGGUUCUCCCGAGGUCUGCGCCAAGGGCAGGACUGUGCCAGGUGACGGUCUUCUCGUUGUGCCCGCUUCCCCCUUCUUGAAUAAGCACUACCAGUCUCUGUGGAGACUCGUGGAGCAGAGGUCACUGCUGCUCUUCAUCCACGAGUACACCAGGAGGGUUCACUCAACGACCGCGUACAUCUCCAAAGUGGCCCACCUGCUUGACGAUCACUUGAGGAAGUCACACCUCCUAUCCAGCCGAAGCCCACACCUCUGCUCCUCAGCCAAGGUCCAGCUUGUCUCCCUGUGCCAGGAGUUCCGCAUUCAUCUCAAUCACUGGUCUUGUCUGUCUGCAAAGGUCCAGUCCGACCACCACCUCAGGCGUGCUCUGGGCUGGCAGAACAAGUUGCUGGAAGAAAUGAGACAAACUCUUAAGUUGCUCGGCCUGCAGGGUCUGGUUUUAACGGAACGUUACGUGCAUGCUGUUCUGUUUGCCAUGGGACAGUCUGAUUUGGACCACAUGCCAAGGGAAGUCAUGGCAGAUAUUGUAGCUUGUACAGACCUGUACAACAAGGUGUUGGAGGAGCAGAGAGUACAGCACAACAACACCCAUCCGUGGACUAAAAUAUUCAAACAGAUUUGUUUUACCACACUGACAAACAGUCAGAGACACCAUCCUGUUGUUGUCUCAGUGAAAGACCUGCUGAAUGGUUUGGCAGCGCAUCAUGCAAACUCGGCAGCUAAUCGGCUCCAUUCGUGGACCGGCCAGCGGUGUGUGUGUAAAUCCGAAUUCCAUACCGAGCAGGGGAUUCCUACCAGUUUGCGGUCCAGAUUCCCCUCGACCUUAACCUGGGAGCAGCUACGGGAUCAGUUCUUUAUGUUCCCCUCCUCUUCUCACACCGGCCACUCUCCUGAACUUAACUUGAAAAACACUAGCAAGGAAAAUGGUCAGCGUCACCCGACUUUAGAAAAGGCAACAUUUUCCCCAAUCCACGAUACCAAUAGGGGGAACUUAUCCUUUCAGUGCCAAACACGUACUUACAGCGCUGCUCCUGUACGGACAGCUCGAGACCACAACAGCCCUUUGAGAAACUGUCAGCAUUUGCAGAAGUCAAGUCCACCCGCCACCUUCCCAACCAUCUCGCUGUCAGGCUUUUUCCAACAGGACCAGUCCAAAGUUGAGCUACUUUUGCAUGUGCUUGUUGCCUCCAAUGACCUGCUAGCUCCACCGGUAUCGCAUCCAUUGACCCCGACGACACAAAUGUUUCCGCCCUCUGUAACAAUAGACCCGCUACCGCCAAAUGGGAAGGCUGAUUCAAACCGCAGGGUCAGGGACUGCGAUACGGAGGGUACUUGCCAGCAGAUUAUUGAACUGGACAUAACCACCAGCUCAGGUGCUGGUCAGCAAGGUCCCGGUGAGGCUGUAGGAGAUGUUCAAAAAGCUGAGGAUGAAUGCGUUCAGCGGCCUCGGUCUGUUCAGUGGCUGGACCUCGGCCGGUCGUCGCUGUUCGAUGAUCUGUUGGGACAGUACCGUACGCUGCUGUGGGCUCACUGCAGCAAAGCCCUCUGGCUGCAGAUGCGUGUGCCACACAGAGCCAGAAGUACAGGGAGCGUCAACCUCCUCGACAACCACAGGAGGUUCCAAGUCCUUCAGAUAAUCAACCAGGCCUCGGAGACAGAUCGACUUCCGAGGGAGUGCAAAGCCAUGCUGGAGGAGUUCAGUCUCAGUAUGUUAGUCAGUGCAGCACAUGCUCAGUGGGACUAUGUGGUCUGCAGAGGUCUGGGUGCAGCUUUGAAAGACAAGUGUCUGACGGAGCGAAACCCACACAGCAGGUCGAUGGCGCCGUCAUCAAAUCAAGACGACGGUGUGAUGAUGUCUGUGACCGCAGAGUACUUGCUACAGCUGACUCCUCCUCUACUGUCCUCUCUGUCUCACUGCAAAGCACCAGGUUCUUUGAGCCUUUUCCCAUCUCGGACCGCUUUUCACAGAUGGACUCUUAGCUUGACGUUAGCUACAGUGCAAUUGUCUACAGUCUGGGUCAUGUCCAAGUCCUGCCAGUUCCUCUCCUCGUGGAGCCUCAACAAGUUCUUACUCAUCACACAAGGAGACCUCAAAGUGCUGAGCGAGUCGUCGGACAAAAUGGUGCAGCGGACGAAAUCUUUGCUGAUGAACUCGUACAGUAAUUGUCUUUGCACUCCUCAUAGCCAUCAUCCACUUGUACUGAAGCAGCAGCUCCAAAAGGUUGAUGCAGCUUCCUCUGAGCUCCAGGCUUUUUCUUCUCUGGUGCUAAAAACCUUUUCUGAUGACUGCAAAAGGAUGUCUGCGGCUCUUUUCGAGCAGACCAUGCCCUCUGCUGCACACUGGAGACUCAACCCCAGGCCAGGCAUUCCUAUCAGUCCCAGCGAGUAUGCGUCACUCGCUGCACAGAAUGUGAUUGGUCAGGUUUUGGAUGGUGUGGCAUUACUGUCUGAUGAGAUCCGCAUCCAGGCUCUUAGUUUAACCCUGACUGCUUUCAUGGAGGCGUGGAUGGAGCACAUCCUGAAACAACGGAUAAAAUUCAGCGUGCAGGGAGCGCUCCAACUGAAGCAGGACUUUGAUUCGGUCAGAGAAUUUAUCUGCUCUGACAGAUAUGGCCUACCAGAGGAACUCCUUCAGCGUCUCCUCAGCCUCAGAGUAUUUCAACAGGUGGACUCUGCAGUAUUAUGCUUGCUUCAGCAGCCGCAAGUCAGACCGUAUCUGCAAAGGAGAGCAUGGGAGCCUUUCACACGCUGCUGUCCCACUAAGAGCAGCGGAGACAGCUUACAUGCAGCGGUGGGGAGCAGUAUAACCAACCUGAGGGGUAUGGAAGGGGACUACAUGACUCAGUCUAAUCCUUCUGUUGGAAGCACUGACAUCCCUUCAGUAGACCCGUUUAUCCCAGGAGAGCCCUACCUUGCGCCAAGUUUAGCUCUGGGUGCUUCUCAACAGGACUGGUUGGACUUGAGGAUCCGUACCAGUUCUCGCCGCUGGAGGUUCCCGGGACUGCGGUGUCUUUCCAAGUCUGAACCCUAAUCAACAAACAUUGAACUCAUUCUCUGGUUUCACAAAGAGAACCGACUCAUUGAAUGGGACACUCUAUUUGAUCAGCAAUAGCACUGUUUUGAAAGUUAUUUUGAAAUAAUGAGUUGAUCGAGUCAUCACACAAGUUGGGUUUCUCUGAGCCAUGAAUACAUAUUUGAAACCAGUCGCUCUGUGUUGUGAAAUCCACCCACCCAUCAAUUUUCUUUCUCGUAUUUUGUUCAGGUCCACUCAAGAAAAUCCAAUAAAAAAACUCAUCAAAUUUCUAGUAAUCCAAUUAUUAAAAUUGUGUGUUGCAUGCUGCCCAAUCAGCAUUGCCUUUGUGUCGAGGGCCUACAGUAAAUUAGAUUGUCUGGGAAUGUAAAAUUGUUUUCCUCCAGACGUAUUGGAACAAAAUUGCUCUCGACCAAACACAUUUGGUUUUGACAUCCAAAAGACACAUUUAUGGCCAGAGAGGAACAUUGUUUUAGGUACAUGGAUUCACAGCUGGAUCAGAUCCAGAACUUAGGAGAUCAGGAUAAUGCAUGACAAAACAGCACAUUUUCACAAGUACCAGGAUUUGGAAUAGAAAGAAUAGAGUCUGACUUUUCUGAAUAUUGAAUUAAUGGGGACCUUUGGAUGUUUCCUCCAAAACAUAGGUGUCAAACUCAAGGCCCAAUCAUGGUGGUCAACUUCUGUGAUUUUUGCUCAAAUCUGGACCCAAAUUCUAAAUUGUCAUCAUAAUAAACAAUAAUGUUGAGAUUUGCAUUUUUCUGCUCCCAAACCCUUCUUCUACAGUAACUUAAACAAUAUUUGAACAAA